AUGGGUGGCGCAUUUGCUCUGACAUUGAUAAUGGUCUUCUUCUGGAUGCCGGAGUCCGCGUAUGCGAGAGAAGCACUGAACAUCGAUAGUGGAGAAACAAAGGCUGCCGGUGAUGAAAAAACAGACCUGGAGCAGCUCGAAACCGCUCCAAGCACUGGAAUCACAGCAGCUGAGGCGCGUCACUCCUGGGCCAAAGAGCUGCUGCCGUACAGCGGUUAUGUUAACGAUGUCUCAAUCUGGAAUACUAUCAUCCGGCCAUUCUAUCUUUUGGCUUCACCACCGGUUCUUUGGGCUGUGCUUCUUUUCACCAACUGUAUAGCAUGGCUCGUGGGCAUUUCCCUCACCCUAUCCCAGAUUUUCUCCGCGCCACCGUACAACUUCUCCGUGAUGGGUGUUGGAGCAACGAACUUGUCGUCCUUUGUCGCAUCUGUCCUUGGGACUUUUAGUGCAGGACCCCUGAUUGACGGCCUGGUGACCCGAAUGUCCAAAAUGAACGGGGGCAUAUUCGAACCCGAGUUCCGCCUACCGAUCAUGGUUACGUACCUUUUGUUCACCUCAACGGGUUUCUUUGCCUGGGGCCAAUCUUCCUAUGCACAGGACCCGUGGCCUGUGCCGGUGAUUGUGUGUCUGGGAAUGAUUAAUUUUGGUGUUCAGCUCGGCACCACCGGUGUUGUCACCUACAUUGUCGACUGUCACCGUGAGAAGGCCGGUGAGGCCUUUGCGACGAUGAACUUUCUCAAGAAUCUCUUCGCAUUUGGACUGUCGUUCUACCUCAAUGGGUGGAUUGAUAGCCAGGGUGUUCGUAACUGCUUCUUCACUAUUGGAGGAAUCACAAUGGCUGCAGGACUAACUACUAUCCCAAUGUAUAUCUUUGGAAAGCGAGCUCGGAGCUGGGUACAUCGACAUGGAAUUGCUGAUCGACUGUAA